CAGCAAAUUAAGGCAGCUGAAAGAUAUUUAAAGAAAUUAGAAUUCCAUUUAGCAAAGGUAGAUGAAUUAUAUGAUUGUUAUUUGGUUCAUCAACAGUUACGCGAGGGUGCCAGAACAAUGGCUCGUGCCUUCACUACAUCACCUGGCCAUCGUAAAGAUUCUAUAACCAAUGUCAAAUAUGGCUAUAAAGAAUGUUCACAGACAUUAUGUGCUAUAGAAGCUCAGCUAGAGAAUAUGUUGGGUACAUUCCAUUGUAAACUAAAAGGUAUGGCUGGUUUUGCUCGACUCUGUCCAGGAGAUGUGUUUGAGGUAACUAUAAGACAUGGACCACAGAAAUGGAAAACUAAAGGUAGAAUAGAGAAGAAUAAUACACAGAAGUGGGAUAUUCCAGAAUUCACAUUUAAAUCUUUAGUCGGAGAUAUACUGACUAUAAAGGCAUUAGAAUCAAGAAGUUUUAAAAGUGUUUUAUUAGGCCAGAAGAAUUGUGAAGUAAAAGAUUUAUUUUCUGCUAAUCCACAACUAAUGACUAUUAGUAUCAAUUUUAAUGGUUCUUUAAAACUGAGUGUUGUCAUUACAUGGAAGUGA